AUGACAACGAUAAUCAUUACAAUAUCCGAUAGCAUCACGGCAGAAUCCUGUCCUCUGGGAUCGCACCGCGCAACGGAGGAUCAUUUGGUAGAUGACGAUGACCAUGUACCGUCAAAAUGUCUGGAAGCUACAACAAUUGCCCAACAGCCCAGAGGUCUAUCCAAGGGGUUUGCUCAGCAAUCGAUAGAUGGAACUCUGUGUGCUUCGGAUACACCAGACUCCGGAUAUGGGUCCAUCUAUUCCAGCCAGAAAUCAAGUCCAGACGAUUCUCAAUACCGCAUUGAACUCAAUUCUAAUAGGCCAAUCUUCCGGAAGAAGUCCACUUUGAGAGUAUUCAAUACGGAGAUUCCAGAUCUGAUAGUCAGUCGUUUUUUGGACCAGAAGGAAUUAUUCACGGAGCCCUCUGCUUGUGCCGACGUGGAAUCAGCAAAACCCUAUAUACGUGUCAUGUGUGAUGAAUCUAUCAAGAAGAAGGUACGAGAGUACUUUAUUCAGGCAAGGGUGAAGGAGGAAUUCCAGAGGGCGGAAGACAACGUGCCACCUCUUGAUGUCAUUGUGGAUGGCCGUCCAAUGUCUAUUUGUGCAACUACAGGGAUCGAUAUCUAUGCUGAUGGAGAUCAGCUCUAUGGUGUCGCCUGUACACUUUGUGGGAAGUGGAUAAAAGCUACAAUAGGCACCCAAGAUAGAAUUGCAACCAUCGGAGGUGUCAUUGAAGUCAUCAACAAGGAUGGCGCAAGGCACAACUCUGACGCUGAUGCCUUAUCAACUUCAAGCGACGAGGAAGUGGAAGAUGAGGAGGAAUCCAACUUCGAGCUCAUAUUGGACGACAACGAAAAAGCCACGAAAUUAACUACAGACCAACGUUCGGUCCAACAUAGAUUCACCAUCAAGGGCGUCAAGAAGUUACAUAACAUCGAAGAGUGGUCAAGAAUCGGCCAUGUGAUUACGGUUGUCAUCCAAUGGGUCCUGUUUUGGCCAGGAGCCCUCAUCGCAGAAUUGCACAUCGUGUGUACUUGCUCGAUCCGAAGAAGCCUGCUCGCUGGAAGCCCUUCUUUUGUUUUAACGAAUCCUGGGACGAAAUUUGUGGAAAUGUAUACAGUGGCCUUGAAUUGUGAAUUUUCAUUUGGUGACAGUGGAACAUGGGUUAUAGGAGAGUCAGACAACAAGCUGUACGGGCAUGUCACAGGUAAAGACGUAUUUGGCGACGCAUAUGUCAUGCCUAUUGAAGCCAUCUUCGAUGACAUAGCGAUGCAAAUGGAUUGCAAGCUGGUUUCUAUUCCUGAAAACGACGAUGCUAGAGAUCUGGAUCACCCUCGUUCCGAGACAGAGCCGGAGCUUUCGGGCACUGAGAGGCCUCAUAAAGAUAGAGCGCAAUUAGACCCUGACGAUAUAUUUUCUGCACGUCCCCGAGGAGUAUUAAUUCCACUAAGACCUGACACCCCGGACAGGCACUGGAAUACAGUCUCAAACCUUGGUGCUCUUUCUUUAUCGGUGGUUGGAAAUGAUGAGAGACCUGGAGCUGAUCCGAAACAAACACAGAUCGAGUCCGCAUCUGGCUCGGAGAGAAGCACCCUUAAUGGAGGGUCUACUAGCAGGGUCCGUCUUAAGGGUGGCAGCCUCCGGCCCGAGAGAUUAAUGAGCACCGCAAAUGUAGUCUCGGAUAUGGGGGCCCUGGAGUCGCCCAAGACGCAACUGUUCCCACCAAGGAACUACGAAGAGGCAAGGAAGGAAUCGCAACAUGAAGAAGAGAAGGAAAAUGAGAGCGCCAAAGGAGGCCGUGAUAGAACCAGAAUCCGGCGGGGAUCCAUAGAAGCGCUCAAUCAACGACUUUGGAAAAUCAGUAAGGAAAGACAGAGGAAAAGUUUGGUAGAAGACCGAGGACUGAAAAGAGCCAUGGGUUUGAGGAAGAAGGCAUUGAAGGCCAGAGAAGAGAGACAGGGAGAAGAGGGGCCUGCUGGGGAAACUCGUCGAGUCAUCUAA